AUGCAUUUCGCACGACGCGCUCACCGCGCGCUCUCAUCUCACCCGACGAGACAAUUAUCCACGACCACCAAAUCCACAUCCACCCCUUCCGGCCUCUCCAUCAACUCCGCCCGACUAUGGGAUACACUCCACGAAACCUGCGAAUGGGGAUCUGCCCAUCGCUACGGCGAAGCACGUGAAGAAACCGGCAUGGCGCGCCUCACACUCACCGACUCUGACGCGCGAGUUCGUCGCUGGCUAGCCGACGAGGUCAAAAAGCUAGACUGCACCCUCGUUGUCGAUCAGAUGGGGAACAUGUUUGCGCGACGGGCGGGUCGACGUCGUUCGCAGGCUCCAAUGACGGCUAUGGGCAGCCAUUUGGAUACCCAGCCCCGGGGAGGUCGGUAUGAUGGGAUCCUGGGGGUGAUGGCUGCGUUGGAGGUGCUGAGGACGAUGAAGGAGAGUGGGUAUGAUACGGAGUUUGAUGUUGGGUUGGUGAAUUGGACGAACGAAGAAGGCGCCCGGUUCCCCAAGUCCAUGUGUUCUUCUGGCGUCUGGGCCGGCGCCAUCCCCAUCCAAGCGGCCUGGGAUCUGCGUGACAUUCACAACCCGGCCGUGACGCUGCGGUCUGAACUGGAGCGAACCGGAUGGCUCGGCGACGUGGCCUGCUCGCCGACCGGCGUGCCCCUAGGAGCGCACUUCGAGCUGCAUAUCGAGCAGGGUCCGAUUCUGCUUGAGACCGGGCGCUCGUUGGGCAUCGUCCAGGGGGCCCAAGGGUACCGGUGGCUCUCGGUCACGGUGCAUGGGCGGGACGCGCACACGGGGACGACGCCGCUCAGCGCACGGAAGGACCCGCUGCUCGCGGCGUCGAAGAUGAUCGCUGCGUCGAAUGCGGUGGCUCAGAAGCAUGGGGCGUUGGCGUCCACGGGGGUGAUCAAGACGCCGGCGAAUGCUUCCACGAAUACGGUUGCGUCGCAGGUCAACUUCACCUUGGAUAUCCGGCAUCCGCAGGACAGCGUGGUCGAGGCGGUGCAGAGGGAGUGUCUCGAAGCGUUCGAUGAAAUCGCGACGCAGGAUGGAAAGGGCGUCUCCUUUGACUGGAAGCUGGAUACGGAUUCGGCUGCCGUUCAGUUCGACGGCGACUGCACGCGGGCAAUCCAGAAGGCUGCUGACGCGCUGGUCGGGCCGCAGAAAUGGAUGGAUAUGGUCAGCGGUGCUGGCCAUGAUAGCGUGUAUACAAGCCGGCAUUGUCCCACGGCGAUGAUCUUUGUGCCGUGUCGCGACGGGGUCAGUCAUCAUUCGGAGGAGUAUUGUAGUCAGGAUGAUUGGUAA